UGGAAAAUAUGUUCACUGUUUAGUAAAACUCGGUUCGGAAUAUUCGGAGUGCACCGCGUUAAAAUGUGGAUUCUUGUCAGAAUUUUAGUUUUAUUGCUGAGUUUUACACCUUCUUAUUGCUACUUUGAAAAUCAACCCAAAAUCAUCGCCAAUGAUGGACAUCUGGUCAUCGAGUCGGCGGUUGACAGGAACAUAUCCAUCCUGUUGAAAGGCAACGGUUUCCUGAAUGUCGGUGACUUGAGCAUAGGAAAAAUGAUACAGAGUCUCGUCAACGUUACGGUACCGUCUGCCAGCGACGCCACAAUAGUUGGAGAUUCGUCUCAGCUUCAGUAUUUGAUGAACACCAUUAAGGGUCCUUUUGGUUUAUUGAAACGCGUUCUCGCUUUAGAAAAUGGAACAUAUGACGCCGAUGGUCCACGGGCACGUGGUCGUCUCAAUAAUGUACAUCGCCGCCUAAAUGCACUAGAGCGGAAGGUCAGUAAUCUAAUGACGAAGCUGCGGGAAAAUAAUUGUAAAACAAGUCCAUGUCAGAACGGUGGCACGUGUUUGAGUUUAUUCGAUUCUUUCGUGUGUCAGUGUCCGAAAAACUGGGAAGGACCAACCUGUGCUACGGACGUGAAUGAGUGUGCCGAUUUUGCUGGUACCGAUUUGGGAUGCCAAAAUGGAGCGACAUGCAAGAAUACCCCCGGCGGCUAUAGUUGCAUAUGUGCCGGAGGCUGGCAGGGAAUUCACUGCAACAGCCGAACCAAAGACUGCAUGUCCUCAGGAAGCGAACUCUGCGGUCAUGGCACGUGUGUACAGACUAAGGAAGAACCCGGCUACAAGUGUAUUUGUGAACAAGGCUGGAGAACGAAUGGGGUGAUGCCCGCUUGUACGGUUGAUGUCGAUGAGUGUUUGGAAUCAAAACCACAUUGCUCUAAAGAUCCGGAAGUUAAUUGCAUAAAUCUUCCCGGAUCCUUCGUCUGCGGUGGUUGUCCGCCAGGGUAUACCGGCAACGGGUUCUAUUGCGUUGAUAUUGAUGAGUGUCAAACCAAUAAUGGAGGUUGCAGCACAUCUCCCUCGGUGACUUGUAUUAACUUAAGGGGAUCGUAUAAAUGUGGAAACUGUCCACCAGACUUUACUGGUGAUGGUAAAAUAUGUAUGCCUAGGAAUGGUAGAUGUACACCCGGUUUAUGCCAUCCAUUGGCCCGUUGCGUGGACUAUGCGAGUGGAGUCGUAUCGUGUAUCUGUCCCCCAGGAUACCAAGGGUCUGGAUACGGACUUUCGGGAUGCAUGAGGGCGCCAUUAAAUCCAUGCAUGUUUAAUCCGUGCAAGAAUGGGGGAACAUGCACUGUUAUAGGAUUCAACUACACCUGUAGUUGCCCUCAAGGAACAGCACCACCGAAUUGCGCCCGACUUACAUCCCCGUGCGUACCAAAUCCAUGCUUGAACGGUGGUACGUGUACCCCAUUCUUGGAUCGAUACGUAUGUGGCUGUCCGGCGGGUUACACCGGUUUACGUUGUCAGGGUACCUCGCGGGCUUGUGGUGGUAUACUUGAUUCAUUUUCCGGUGUUUUGAGAUACCCACUUGACAAUGGUACCUACAAUCAUAAUGCCAGAUGCGCGUGGUUGAUCAGAACUAAUCACACCAAGAUUUUGAACGUUACCUUCACGCAAUUCCAUUUGGAGGGUUCUAUUUCCACUGGAGAGUGUAAGUUCGAUUGGCUGCAGAUUCAUGAUGGUAAAACUUCCGCAGCACAUAAUAUUGGCCGGUUCUGUGGUAACACGCUACCAAAUGGGGGCAACCUUCUAUCUACCCACAAUUUUCUUUACCUUUGGUUCCGUUCGGAUAACAGUACUGCUCACGACGGCUUCGAGUUGAAUUGGAUGAGCAUUGAUCCGGUGUGCGGCGGGGAAAUUACAGUGAAAAGCCACGGAGUCAUUGCCUCGCCAGGAUCACCAGGAAAGUAUCCGCCCAACCGUGAUUGUAAAUGGUAUCUGAUAGCACCACCAGGAAAACGUUUCCAAUUUCAUUUCUUCACGAUGAAGCUUGAGAUUCACAACAGCUGUGAGUUCGAUUUUGUUCAGAUUAACGAUGGCUUGCGCGAUGAGUCUCCGGUGCUGGCCAAAUUCUGUAAUACAUCGCAUCCGGAACCACUGGUGACUCCAGGCAAUGAAGUAACGGUGUAUUUCCACUCGGACGAGGACAAUAAUGAUGCCGGCUUCCAGAUCAGUUACUCAGUAAUUGAAGGAAUUCCUGGUUGUGGUGGAACUUACACGAAACCAGAAGGGGAGAUAAAUUCUCCAACGCGAUACGAGGAUAACCUGUAUCCGCAUAAUUUAAAUUGCGAGUAUUUAGUUCAGAUGCCUCAAGGGAGUAAAAUUGAAGUAAGGUUCAAUAGAUUCCAUCUGGAAUCUAGUGACUCUUGUAAGUUCGACUCACUUGAUAUGUUCGAUGGACGAACCCCAGAUGAUCCUUCCUUUGGCCGGUUUUGCGGCGAUCGCAUGCCUGCUCCAUUCUCAACAACAUCAAACUAUUUGUUAAUCAAGUUUCGAACUGAUUGGUCCACUUCACAUGGAGGAUUUUCAUUGAGUUACAAAGUACAAUGCGGAGGGGUUUACUCCGAUCCGAAUUCAGAGAUCACUAGCCCUGGUUAUCCAAAAGCCUACAGAGCCAGUCAGCAGUGCGAUUACACAAUACAGGCUCCAGUUGGAAAGGCGAUUCUUCUUGAUUUCACCGAUUUCGACAUUGAAGGCAAUUCGUAUCCGAACUGUGACCUGGAUUACGUAGAAAUUCACGAUAGUUACGAAUCUAACAACAAUUCACUCAUUGGACGCUACUGCAGUGCGAAGGUCCCUCCAAGGGCAAUAUCAACGCUGAACGUAUUGCUGAUGCGUUUUGUGUCGGAUGUUUCGAUUUCUGGAAAAGGUUUCCGAGCUAACUUCUCUUACGUUGACGUUGCUUGUGGUGGUGUGAUCACUUCCGAGGACGUAACCAUCCGACCCCCUUCGAUAGCGGACCAAGGAAGCUAUCUGCCCGAUUUGGACUGCCGGUGGGUGAUAGUAGCCCCCAAGACACACGCCAUUCAACUGACUUGGAAUAGUUUCGAGCUGGAGAAAAGCACUAACUGUAUGUACGAUUUUGUCGAAAUCUACGAUAACUCCACACAAAGAAACGUUUCCAUUGGAAGAUACUGCGGGACGGUCAAACCACCAGCAAUUACCAGUGCCGGGAAUAUUUUAACAAUUCGAUUCAAGACGGACAGCUCGAACUCCAAGGAUGGCUUUGGCUUAACGUUCAGGUUUAUAGACGUACAGAAACUUUGCGGCGGAAACUUCCACACAAUUAGCGGUGUGGUGAAAUCACCGGGAUACCCCAACGACUACCCGGCAGGGAAACAGUGCGAAUGGGUGAUCACUGUUCCCAAGGGCCAGCAGAUUCGGUUGAAUGUUAAAAACUUCACUAUGGAAAAGCACACCAGUUGUCGCUUCGACGGACUGGAGAUCAGAAACGGCGGAACGGUCAGCUCUCCACUGAUAGGGAAAUACUGCGGAACAGACGAUUUCGAUGGCAUUAUAUCGUUUAGUAACAAACUGUAUUUGAAAUUCUAUUCCGACAGCUCAAGAAACUAUCAGGGGUUCGAAAUUGAAUGGGAUGCCACUACGACCGGAUGUGGUGGCGUUUUGACAUCUCCCAAAGGAUCGAUUAUCUCUCCUCACUAUCCGGAACCGUACGGAAACAACGCCCAGUGCAACUGGCGUAUUAGUGUUAGUGCGGGAUCAGCAAUCCAUAUCGUUUUCAUGGAUUUGGAGCUGGAAGGGCAUACGAGCUGCCGGUAUGAUUAUCUGGAGAUAUACGAUGGUCGUGACGCAGCUGGAAAGAAGUUGGGAAGAUUUUGCACAAUUGAUACCGACCCCGUUCAGUUGGAUACGAAAACCAACCAUGCGUUCAUUCGCAUGAGAAGUGACGAUACAAACCAGGGUCGAGGUUUUCAUUUGAAAUACAACAUACUAUGCAAACGAAACAUCACUGGCUUCGAGGGGGCAAUCGAGUCACCAAACUUCCCCAACAAACAUCCAAGUUCGCUGGACUGUUUGUGGACGAUAACGGUUCCGCCUGGAAACAAAAUUGAUGUCGAAUUUUCUCACUUUGAAAUCGAGAACGGUAUGAUAUUUGACAAAAACAGUUCACACGUGUGCAACUUUGACUAUGUGGAAAUCAGUGAACCACAUGACGAAAGAUCCAUUUCGCAAAAGUAUUGCAACAAUAUGCCGCCGAAAAUUACAUCAAAAGGAUCAACCAUACAAAUAGCUUUCCGAACUGAUAGUAGUGGUGAAAAUAGCGGCUUCAGAUUGGAAUGGCGACUGAAUGGAUGUGGAGGAAUACUCACGAGGCCAAGUGGCACCUUUUCAUCACCGAACUAUCCCAAAGAGUACCCCAUCAAUACGCAAUGCCAUUGGACGCUUUCGAUGCCGCCAGGUAAUGUGAUUGAGUUGACUGUAUCGAAUUUCAAUAUGGAAUCGUCUGGCAAUUGCCGGUAUGACGGGCUGUCGAUAUCGAAUACAGAAGACUUCAGCCAAAUCAUUACCGAGCUCUGUCAUUCACAGAAAGAGCCGGUUAGGCUUACUAGUAGUGGCCAUAUGUUGUAUGUGAAGUUUUUCAGUGAUCAAACGUACACGUACAAAGGAUUUAUAGCGUCCUACAGAACGAUUGCUGCAACAUGUGGCGGAGUUCUGAACGCUCAUCAAGGCUUCCUCUAUUCGCCCAACUAUCCGAAGAAUUACCCGAGUAAUGCAUCCUGCGAAUGGACGAUACAAAUAGAUCCCGCUUAUACGCUUCAGUUUAACAUUGAAGACCUAGGAAUGAUAAAGAGCCCCAACUGUAGUAAAGACUAUCUUCAAGUCUACGAUGGAGCUGUCCGUGAUGCGACUAAGCUAUUACUGAACCUUUGUGACAGUGAUGCAAACGUUACAUCGGUGCUUUCUAGUGGCAAUCAAUUGCUGGUAGUUUUCCAUUCGGACGAAAUCAUGGAGGCUAAAGGAUUUCGAGCUAAUUAUUCAACCAACUGUGGAUCCAGAAUAAACGUGUUGCAGUCGGGAAUUUUGUCCUUGGAGAACACCUUCAAAAUUAAAUCGGAAAAUUGCACCUGGAAACUUACUGCUGGCGAGCUAACGCAACACGUAACUCUACAAGUGUUGCAUAUGAAUGUGGUGGAGGUUGAUGGUAACUGUUUGGCAAAUCUUACGAUUCACGACGGAGAUGACAUUGAUGCCCCACUACGGUACAAUGGGUGCGGUAGUAAGGUUCCACCGGCCAUCGUCAGUAACGGGAACUCGCUAACCGUACACAUCACGUCCGAUGAUUUCAAUCUAUUUAAUAUGCUGGGCAUUCAGUUUGUUGCCAGUUAUUCUGUUCUGGACAACGCGUGCGGAGGUGAUUUGACAUCCUUUGCGGGUGAGUUUGCGUCACCAAAUUACCCUAACACGUACCCAAUGAAUGUAGAAUGCACCUGGCAGCUGACGGCAUCUCCUGGCAACUCGCUGCGGCUGUACAUUCAAUCGUUGAAUAUCGUAGAGUCGGAACACUGUAACACGGACUACCUGGAGGUACGAGAGAAUUCCGGCAGUGGAAAACUGAUCGGCGAUUACUGCGGUGACAAUCCGGUACUGAAUUUGACUUCGUCGAACAGUUUUUGGGUUAAAUUCAAAACGGGUAAUCAAAGUGUUGCCAGAGGUUUUUUGGCCGAAUAUUCCUAUGAUUACUUCAAUGAACUGAGCGGUAAAAGCGGAGUUAUCACAUCGCCCAUGUAUCCGCGAGAUUACGCUAGGAAUGAAGUUCACACAUGGAGAAUCAUUGUCGACGUGGGAUCCAUUAUAUCGAUGAAGUUUAAGGUUUUCGAAAUUGACGUCAAAUAUGUGGAUACGUGCGAAGGGCAGCUUGAGAUCUUCGAUGGAUACGACGACACUGCUGAAGCCCUGAAGGAAGAAAUGUGCGGCCUCACCCCUCCGGACCCCUUCAAAUCCACCUCAAACGUGGUGUACAUUCGCUUGGAACACUCCGACGCGAGUGGACCUUCAAAAUUCCUCCUGAACUGGGAGCAAAUCGGAAAGGAAGACACCUCAGCGGGAACACCUAGUAGCGAUGAACAGUUCUGUGGUGGUCAUCAGGUGAUUUCACUGUCGGAAAAUAUGACCACUUACAACCUGACGUCACCAGGAUACCCUUAUGGUUACCGAACCCACCUGAAUUGCAGUUGGAUAUUCCAGUCCGAGCUCUCUACGCACCAUCCUCAUCUGCAACUUAAUUACGUCGACCUAGAGGAAACCGAUGCCUGCCUUUCCGAUUACUUGGAGAUAUCGACCUCAACCGAUAUGUUGACAUGGGUCGGUUCUGAAAAGAUCUGUACUUACGGGUACCGGGUGAAAGCGCAGUUCCAUGGGAAACCUUUCCUGAAAGUUACGUUUAAAACAGACUAUUUUAACAAUCGAACUGGAUUCACCGGUGUCGUUUCAUUACGAUGCGGUGGACUAAUAACAGAACCGAAUGGAGUGAUAGCUGUUACGUCGAUGGCUAGUUCCAAUCAAUCAUUCAAUCGUGUUCUAGAUUCGGUAUGCAUGUGGAACAUAACAGUGCGACCGGGGCGUAUUAUCGAGUUUCGAUUCGAAUCGAUUUCAAUCAUAAAGUCGAACGAAGGAUGCACAGGUUUCGUUUCGAUUAAAAACGGUAUAGAUGACUAUUCCCCGAUAUUAGGAACCUUUUGUGGUACGGAAAUACCCGCAAUUAUGAACACCUCAAGUAAUCGCGGCUUCGUCAAAUUCAACGCCGGUCACGUGAUAACCAACGAAUUUCGCUUAUCAUAUCGGGAAAUUGGUAUGCAAUGUGGUGGAAGGGUUGUUUUGCGGAAGAUCAACUCUACAGUCAUAACUACACCAAAUUUUCCAGAGGUACCUUACACUCAUAGCGAGUGCAUUUGGACAGUUUUAGCUCCAGCGGGAGAGACUAUGAAAUAUGAGUUUGAACGAUUCAAUCUUAAAUACUCCCUCGGCUGUCGAAAUGAAUAUGUUGAAUUACGUGAUGGCGGAACUUCUAGUUCAAGUGUACUGUUGAGAACGUGCGGAUCUGAAACAACACCGUCACGAUUGACCACCUCCAACAUGUUGAGAGUUCGGUACUUUACCGACAUCUCUGACCCUGGAAAUGGGUUCAAGCUAAAAGUUAGUCUGGCUCAGUGCGGUGGCUCUAUACAUGGCGACCGUGGCACAAUACAGUCCAAAAACUAUCCAAUCGCUGGCAGCUACCCUAGCAAUACUGUUUGUGAAUAUUACGUGAUAAGCAAAAUCAAUACAAUUGUGAACGUAACAUUCCAAGAUCUUCAUUUGCCAGGAAACACUAAUUGUUCGUUGGUUGACAACAUUAAGAUCUAUUCCGUGGUUCAAGGCGAGAACGCAACCGAUGUUGAACUGGGACAGCUCUGCGGUUCUCAGCUGCCGGGCUCGAUCAUAUCGGUCAAUAACCACAUACGAAUCGUGUUCACAACAUUCAACCCGAACAUAAUGUAUCGUGGUUUCAAACUAACAUUCAACGCCACAGAAAACCGAUGCGGAAGUGAAAUAAAUGCAGCAUCCGGGGACAUAACUUGUCCUGGAUAUCCGGAUACUAGCUUGCGAUUCAAACGAUUCUGUGAGUGGCGAAUCACCGUUCCAGAGGGACGCCGAGUAAAGAUCGAAUUUCUUGAUUUGGAUCUGUCCACCGUCAGUGCAUCCUAUUUGCAACGUUUGGGCUUCUAUCACGGCUUCGAUUACUCAUCUCGCAUCAAGUUUGUCAUGGGUGGCUACAAUAAGGAUACAAUAUAUUCCAGUGGCAAUACAAUGAUGAUCAAUUUUUGGUCCCGGGUGCCAUCCGCCAACAGAGGGUUCAAGAUGCACUUCAGCAGCGAUGAACCUUGGAUUUGCGUGGGUAACCUAAACGGAAACGAAGGAAUAAUCGCAACCCCAAUCAAUCAAACAAGCUAUAUGUGUGAGUACAAGCGUACAUCAGGUACAUUUAUUGUUGAAUCUGGACGCAAUAUAGGUACGAUGGCCCUGCGUUUCAGCGAUAUAAAAGCAGGUCAGUAUCGUGGCACAUGUUCCUUGAACACUAGAGGGAUAUUUAUCAAACGUCAGGCGGCCGUUGGCGCAAGCUUCGCGUUCUUGAAAAAAUAUUGCGGUAAUGGAACAGAUUCAGAUUUGGUGCGAUCACCUUUUCCGGAUAUUUCUAUCAUAGCACGACAAGGCAUCUUCAUGGGAGAGGUCAAUUUUAAGCUCCAAUAUCAGAUCAAUAAGUGCGGAGGAAUGUUCGGAAAUGAUUUACGCAACAUUUCACGUCCCGUCAUACAAAACAUGAAGGGAGCAUUGGAUUGCGCUUGGUACGUAGACUAUGCUGAGAACACAUUGAUAAAUAUAGAAUUUGCGAGCACAAGUUUCAACCAAUCCUGCGAGGAUGAGUAUUUACUUAUGUACAAUGGUCCAACUACGAACAGUCCACUGCUGGGAAGCUUCUGUAAAGGAACUGCCACGGAGAUGGUUGUGACGCAAGGCCGGCAUGUCUUCAUUGAAUAUCACUCAGAGAAUUACAACGCUAGUGGAAACUUCACGUUAAAACUUAGUCAAAUGGUUUCUGGCUGUGGUGGUACACUGCAUAAAAACUCAGAUGUUUUCGGUUCACCGAAUGUCAACGGAAAAUACCUGCCAAACACGGAGUGCAUUUGGACGAUCCGUGCCGACACGGGCUACCAUAUCGGAGCAUUUUUCGUCGGUAGAUACAACUUGGAAAAAAGUGUAAAUUGCUCCAAAGAUUACGUUGAAUUUUUCGAUCGCAAAGGCACCGAAUGGGUUUCUCUUGGUCGUGUUUGUGGAAAAGAAACUCCACAGUUUAUGAACUCUACUGGUUCGCUAAUGAAGGUGGUAUUCCGUUCCGAUGCAAACCUCGAAGGUGAUGGAUUCACCAUUAAGUGGGUGCAAAAUUGCGGUGGUAUUUACACUGUAGACUCUACAGCGAAUGUUAUUACCAGUCCCAGCUAUCCUAUGAACUACCCGCGGAUGGCAACUUGCAACUACACUUUCGUAGCGAAGGAAAAGGAUGGUUUCAUCAAAUUGAACUUCCUAGAUUUCUCAUUGGAGGACGGACCGCAGACUUCUAUCUGUAUGUAUGAUAACAUCACCAUUUACAAGCAGAUGGAGUAUAUUGAACCGUUCCAAUGGGAAAAAUUCAAAACAUAUUGCAAGCAGGAUUCCCCUGGUCGUGUAAGGUUCAAGAACCGAGCAGCUGUAGUAUUCCGAACCGAUCGUUGGUUAGAAUCCAGAGGAUUCAAAUUCGAAUACCAACUAGAUACAUGCGGAGGGACAAUAACGGAAUCAACACGAAUUGCUAGCCCGGAAACUACAAUGAAAAACAAUGGCUUCGGUAAUCCGGUGACCUGUACGUGGAAUAUAGCAAUUCCUCAAGGUAAAAAAGUGGUGAUUCGAUUCGAGGACUUCGAAAUAGAACAUUCGGAUGGUUGCUAUUUCGAAACUGUUGAAGUGUACAAGGGAUUAACCCGAACGAAUGAUCAAAAACUUGCCUCCCUCUGUGGAAAUCUUACUGCACAUGCUCCUGCAGUCAGCAUCAAAAGCAGUCACGGUAUAAUUUACUAUAAAUCUGAACAAUUUGCAAAUAGCCAUCGUGGUUUCACCGCAUUGGUUCUAUUCGCGGAUGACUGUGAUAGAGAAAUAACAUUAGACAAAACUUCUAGAACAUACAACCUCAACGUUCUUGGCAGCAAUAACAACAAACUACAGGACUGUCAGUAUUUGUUCAAAGCGCCAGACGGAUUUGGAAUUCAGCUAACUUUCGAUCAGUUCCACAUGGGAACAUCGAGAAACACGACAGCAUGCAAUGAUAACUUCGUCGAAAUUCGCGAUGGUGCUGGGCCCUUUGCUGAGCUGAUCGGCAAAUAUUGCAACCAUACACUACCACCGCCGGCGAACACCUUCAGCCCGUCAAUGUUUGUCCGCAUGGUUACGGAUUCAUCGCUACAGGGAACUACGUUCGAGGCAACCGUAUCGCUGGUGGAUGCAGCGUGCGGGCCGGGCUAUUACAACCUAACUGGUGGUCAGGUUGAAACUCUGAAAAGUCCAAACUUUGACUCCGGAAAAUAUCCCGCCAAUACUCGGUGCAUGUGGCUGCUGGAGGUACCCCCCGGGAAGACUAUUAACGUUGACUUUUUGGAUCUCCAACUGCAAGAGUACAGCGAAGUGCGUAGGGAGUGUUCCGAUCGAGUGGAACUGUUUGAUGCUAAUAUAAAAGCAUUCAUCACCGAAGGCCUUGGCGAAGAUGUCAUAUUCCGUGGAAAAUCAUCUCACGGCAUAAAAUCAUCCUUCUAUCACGGCACUCGCAAUCCAAACGCUCACCACAUCUACUGUGGCAGCAGUUAUUUACCGGCAACGUAUCAUUCUUCCUCUAACAAGUUGUACGUGAAAUUCGCAAGCGAUAGCUCCAUUGAGGAUAAAGGUUUUCGUCUCAGCGUACAACAAAACCGAUUUUGCGCCCGAAACUUCACUAGACUUCAAGGACGUAUUAAUACUAAUUACCUGACUAGGUCGGAGUCCUGCACCGUUACGAUUCAAGUUCCGGAGAACUAUACGAUUGCGCUGUACUUCGGUAUGUUUUACACGUACAGUACUAACUGCGAGGAGGAAGCAAUCCGGGUUUAUGAUAGUUUGAGCAAAGACAAGCAGGUGGGAAUGUUUUGCAACUUUGGCACACCCAAUCCUAUUUUCUCAACCGGGAACGCACUGAGGAUUGAUAUACCCGAGUCAAAGACAGAAUAUUCAACAACCGUUCUUGAUGCCACAUACGUAGCAACUGACCAGGGUAGAGGCUGUGGAGGAGAGAUAUUUAACUACGGAGGUUUCUUCAGUAGUCCGUUUUAUCCCAGUAACAAUCGAACACGAAUGGAAUGCAUCUGGACUGUUACCGUGCCGGUUAAUAUGCAAAUUGCGAUGAAAUUUGAAGUAUUUGAUAUGGGCAGUAAGACAACCUGCGGCACCGAUUAUCUGCAAUUGAUAGAGGUCAAAGGCGACGACAGGAGAAUGAUUCGACAGCAUUGCGGUGGGGACACGCCAGCCACUUUCAUCAGUGAGAGCAAUGUAAUGCAAGUACUCUACAAGCAAACUCAAAAUUUCGGUGGCACCGGAUGGCAGGCCAAGUUUAUGGCUGUCGAGAAGGGGGCGCAAGUGAAUGAUUUCUAGCAGAUACCGUUUUCCUUGUA